AGCGGAUACGUCAGCGUCCGGAAGUUGCUGUGGACAGGACGGUCUGCAUGGCUGCUGGUUAGAAACGGAAGAAAAAUGAGUGAGACGUUUCUGUGCUGUUGCUAUAAUGCUCAGUAAAGCAGCAGGUGUUGUUAAAUCAACGUGAGAUGCUGCCGGAGCCCGAAAAGAAGACGUUUGGAGACGUUACUGACUGUCCUGCUAACAGCUAGCAGAAGAAGCCAUGGCAGAAGCCGGAGCUCAUCUCACCUCCACCGCCGUCAACGAGCAGCCGUCCAUCUUUGAAGUCCUGGCACAGGAGUCUUUGAUGGAGGCGGUCCGACCGGCUCUGAAACACGCUGUGAAGAUUCUGGCUGAGUCCAACCCGUCUCGGUUUGGCUUCCUGUGGAGAAGCUUUGAUGAGCUUUACCUGCUGCUGGACGUCCUCCUCCAGAACCACUUCCUGUCAAACUGCAGCGCCUCCUUCUCUGAAAACUUCUAUGGCCUGAAAAGAGUUUCGGGUGGCCGAGGGCUUCCGGUCCGCCUGGGGCUGCACAGGAAGUCCCACUGGCGCUCUCUUCUUCUGCUGUGCUUUGUGCCUUACCUGCGGGCCAAACUGGAGGCCACGUUGGCCCGGCAGAGGGACGAGGAGGACUUCUCCAUCCGGCUGGCUCAGAGCAGGAGUCAGAGGCUGUACCGGGCGGCCGUGGCGGCGUAUCCCUACGUCAGCUCAGCCUGGCAGGCCUGGAUCUUCUGCCAGCAGCUGCUCUUUGUGUUCGGAGUCACCAAGACCCACAAUCCUCUGCUGUGGCUGGCCAGGGUCCGACUGGCUCGCCUGAACACUCAGGAUAUCAGAGACAUAGAGCUGAAGAACAGCAACGCUGGCAGCCUGGCGGAUGGAAGCUUCCUGCAGAGAAGCUGGUGGUUGAUGUCUCAAGCAGCCAGAGGCGUGGCCGUCUCCCUGUCCACCUCGCUGUCUCUGGGCGUCUUCUUCCUGCAGUUCCUGGAGUGGUGGUACUCGUCAGACAACCAGAGCACGGUGAAGACCCUCACCUCCCUUCCUGCCCCUCCGCCCCCCCUCCACCUGCAGCAGGAGGCCGACAGCAGGAACUGCCCUCUGUGCCGGAAGCUCCGCACCAACGCCACAGUUCUGUCCACCUCCGGCUUCGUCUUCUGUUACCGCUGCGUCUACACGUACGUCAAGUCCAACAGACGCUGCCCGGUCACCGGAUAUCCCACCGAGCUGCAGCACCUCAUCAAGAUCUACUCACCGGAGAGUUAAAGCACAUGAAGCGUGUUUAACUUCUACAACAGCUGCCUUGUUUUCACUGCAGCCUGGAGCUGAACCUGAAAUAGGCUCAAGUGUUUGCCUUUUUGUAAAUAAUGAGCUUUAUAACGUAAUUUUUUUUGAGUAAUUAUGAACUAAUACAAGCUGAUUUAAAUGUGAAAUUCUUUUUACAUUGUAUAUUAAUAAAUUCAGGAAUAAACAGUU